UAAGUGUAAAAACGCUGAGUGGCUGCGGUGGGAGGUCCUGCUUAUGUCAGCCGCCCUAAACGGACGCCGCGCCCGCUUGAGCUUCCGCUGUCCUUGCGGAGAGCUGGACCUGGACAAUCAACGUCCCAGCUGCCAUCGCCCACCAUGGAGGGUCUGUUCUUCAACGUGAACGGCGGAUAUAUCGAGGGGAUCGUUCGCGGGUAUCGAAACGCUCUCCUGACCCAACAACAGUACGGCAACUUGACCCAGUGCGAGUCCAUAGAUGAUGUCAAGCUGCAGCUAGCCCCCUCCUACGGGGAUUUCCUUGCCUCGUUGCCUCCCAAUCCCUCGACAUCUGCUCUCGCCGGCAAGUUGACCGACAAGCUCGUUGCCGAAUUCCGCUAUGUGCAGGCGCAGGCGACUGGUUCCUUUGCGAAGUUUAUGGAAUACCUAACCUACGGAUAUAUGAUUGACAAUAUCGCGCUGUUGAUUACCGGCACACUGCACGAACGAGACACGAGAGAGCUGCUAGAGAGAUGUCACGCACUGGGCUGGUUUGAAACCAUGCCAGUGCUAAGCGUCGCAACCAACAUCGAAGAACUUUAUAACUCCGUUCUAGUCGAAACCCCCUUGGCUCCGUACUUCAAGGGUAGUCUCAGCCACCAGGACCUCGACGAAUUGAACAUCGAGAUCGUCCGCAACACGCUAUACAAGAACUACUUGGAGGACUUCUACAAUUUCAUCAAUACACACCCCGAUUUCAAGGGUACGCCAACUCAGGAGGUUAUGGCUGAAGCGUUAGAAUUUGAGGCCGAUCGUCGUGCAAUCAACAUCACCCUGAACUCGUUCGGGACCGAGCUGUCCAAGCAGGAUCGAAAGAAGCUGUACCCUGAAUUUGGUAAGCUCUGGCCUGAAGGCACGUUGAUGCUGUCUAGGGCAGAUGACAUUGAGGGUGUCUCUCUGGCUGUGAGCGGAGUGGCGGACUACAAGACAUUCUUCGAUGCUGUCGGUCUCAGUCAGGGUGGCGGCGGCGGUCUGGGCAAUAUGGCUGGUGGAAGUAGCUCGGACGGAAAGAGUCUGGAGGACCUGUUCUACCAGAAAGAGAUGGAGAUGUCAAAAGUUGUCUUCACACGGCAGUUCACCCCGGCGGUGGUUUAUGCCUGGGUGAAGUUGCGCGAACAGGAAAUUCGAAACAUCACUUGGAUCUCUGAAUGCAUUGCACAAAACCAGAAGGACAGGAUAGGAAAUUAUAUCUCUGUUUUCUGAACGUCGUUUUGAGCCUGUGAAUCCCGUUGCAUUUUAUCCUGCUGUCUCCAAUACACGAGUGUCAGUGUAAUUGAACGCACUCGAGCUUUAACGUUUUGUUAUCAGAUCUGUGAUCUACUGUAUCUAGCCAUUCUGCUUGCUUUCACUAUGUGAUCAUUCUGUAUCGAUUACCCGAUUCUUUUGGGAGACCCGUGUAGAGUCUCACUGGUUAGUUCGAAUUAAGGGCGUCUCAACAAGGAUUCUUUUAUCCUCCUGUGAUCCAUAGGCAUAGCACAAAAGAAUAAAUAAAGAGAGUAUUUGGAUAGCAAGUCAUCCGCACUCCUUCGACUUCAAUCCAUGGAUGUUUUGAGGCCGUCGCAUCCACGUUUAGUGCGGAUAUAAGCCACGAUAGCGGGUAACGGAUUCGCAAGUCGAAACACCCAUGAGCCUCGGUGUUUACCGCCAGUAUUAUUUAUUGACAAC